AUGCACAUCAAAGAUCUUGAAGAAAAUGAAAGCAUCCAACCACGUAUCUCUGACGAAGAGGCCUCAGACUUCAUUGAACGGAUUGACGAAGUGAAGGCUCAAUUCACAGUAGGCGAGCUUCUUGGCCAAAACGCAGAAGAGGAAGACGCCCCUGAUUUUGACCUCCUUCAAGAGUUCAGUGAGAUCAAUGAACGACGCCAUAGGAGACAGGAAAAUACCCAGAUUGAAGAAAUAGUUUCAGAUGAUGAAGACUGGGAUGGAAGUGAUGAUGAAGAAGAUCUUGAAGGAUUCACUCCAGAAGAAGAAAGAGAAAUCCUUGAAUAUGAUCUAGAUCCAUCAGAAAUUGAAAGCGCAGUAGAACCUGAACCAAAUUAUAAUCCUCCUUCUCCAGCUGAAAUGUUUUCGCCUCUUCCAAUAGUUGAUGUCCAUUUUGAACCCACAGAUCAAUUGAUACACUGCCUUGCAUCAAGAAGCGGAGCAUCUUUUAUGGACUCUGUGGAAUAUGCUCCGCGAUUUGAUGUUUUGUUAACCAAUCAGCUUCAUUACUCAGAAAUAUUUAACGAGAUCAGACGUCACAAUCAUUAUGCCACAGAGAGGGUAAAUUCACAAAUCAUCAGGCUCGAUGAUUCUCGAAGCGCCUUAAAUGCCGCCAUGCAAUUGUUCUUGACUAUCAUUAUCCUUGAAAAUAUUCGAAUCGAAGAAGAUAAUGGUGCAAGAGCUUUAGAAUUGUUUCAGGUUGGAGAAGAAGAUUCCAAACAAGAAGAUCUUCUCCAUAUCCUACAAAUAUUAGAACGUAUGGGAAGAUCUACUUCGAUUUCACCAGGAAAAACAUAUAAUAUGCUUCAUUUUGAACAACAAGGCGAUCCACGACUCAUUAUUUCAUCUUUUAUGAACCCACAUUUAUGCGGGAUUCAAUUCAUUGAUGAGAAUAAUCAAGCUCAAUGUGUUAACAUGUUAAAACUUCCUGAAGAUGGAAAUUUCAAAGAAUAUUUCGAGAAUAAGAAGAUUACUCAUGUGAAUAGAUACCUCUUCAUUGCAAAUGACCGCGAAUCUCAAGAAGCUCAGCCAGAUCAAAUUGAACUGCUUCAUGAACAUUCACAUAUCAUAUUUAUCAGAUUUGCCAUUGUUUCACUUACACUCGGAAGAGAUGGUCAUGCCUCUUUUAAAUUUUAUAAGAGACUUGAUUUACAAGGCGAAUAUGUU